CGUGGGCGGCGGUGAGGCCCCGAACGGUGUAGGAGCAGCGCGUAUUAGUGUCGUCCUCACCGUCACGGCCGCGCCUGGAUUCAUUCAUUCGUUUUGUUCAUUCACGAAGCUAGGGAGGCCUGGUGGAAAGCCAUGGAGAGCGCUCUCCCUGCCGCCGGCUUCCUGUACUGGGUGGGCGCGGGCACCGUGGCCUACCUGGCCCUGCGCGUCUCCUGCUCGCUCUUCACGGCCCUUCGGGUCUGGGGUUUGGGGCACGAGGCGGGGGUCGGCACGGGGCUCGGUGAAUGGGCAGUUGUCACAGGUGGUACUGAUGGAAUUGGAAAAUCAUAUGCAGAAGAGUUAGCAAAGCGUGGAAUGAAGAUCGUCCUUAUCAGCAGAUCUCAGGAUAAGCUGGACCAGGUUUCCAGUGAAAUAAGAGAAAAAUUCAAAGUGGAGACAAGGACCAUUGCUGUUGACUUUGCUUCGGGAGACAUUUAUGACAAAAUUGAAACAGACUUGGCAGGGCUUAACAUUGGUGUUUUGGUGAACAACGUGGGCAUCUCAUACGAGUAUCCUGAAUACUUUUUGGACAUUCCUGACCUGGACAAUACCAUCAAGAAACUGAUAAAUAUUAAUGUUCUUUCUGUUUGUAAGAUGACACGACUGGUGCUGCCUGGCAUGGUGGAAAGAUCUAAAGGAGUGAUUCUGAACAUCUCCUCCGCCAGUGGCAUGCACCCAGCUCCACUGCUGACCAUCUACUCUGCAACCAAGGCUUUUGUAGAUUUCUUCUCUCGGUCCCUCCAUGAGGAAUACAGGAGCAAGGGCAUCUUUGUGCAGAGUGUUCUGCCAUACUUUAUCGCUACGAAACUAUCGAAAAUCCGAAGGCCGACUUUGGAUAAGCCCUCUCCAGAGACGUUUGUGAAGUCUGCAAUUAAAACGGUCGGCUUGCAGUCCCGAACCACCGGGUACCCGAUCCAUUCUCUCGUGAGCUCAAUAAUGUCCAUGCUGCCUUCUUGGAUGAGUUUGAAAAUUUCCAUGAAUUACAGCAAGGCCACGCGGGCUCGCUAUCUGAAGAAAAACAAGAAGAACUAAGCAUUGAUGACGCCAUUGGCCACAUGCUCCAGCCUAUGCAUGUUCACUGCAAGGCACCCACCCAUCUCCAAGAUCUUCAGUUGUCCUUUUAACAGUUACUGAUAAAGCUAAAUAUUAUCCUCAUUGGGAGGAAAGCAGAAAUUGCUUUCAGGAGCUCUUGACAUCCAUUCUGGAUACCACCAGGAGUUAUUCUGAAGUUUAAUAUAAAUGCUCAUAUCAAAUGGAUAUAGAACUAAUGUUAGUAAAAACAGCGUAGUGGGAAGGAACAUGGUCACAGCAAAUCACACGAUGAGAGAGUCAGACAUAAUGCUCACCAGUUUCAUCUGGCCCAGAACGCCAGUGACAAUUAUUCUUGUAUUUUCUCCAAAAUAUACUUUAGAAAGUAACGGCCAGCUACUCUUUUUUGUUUGAAUGCUUCGAGGGAGUGGAGAUUGAUUCACUUACGGGAGGACACACUACAGUUUGCACAGUUCUCUGGAAGGUUUUCGAAAAGGAUGUCCUGGCUUGUACAUUUAUAUGGCGCUUUUCUUUCUCAGAGGUAGCUAGUGGAGUAAAGCUAAUUAUGAAAUAUGGAGUUAUUUUUGACGCAUGAAGCCCACUAAGAUAUGCUUUCCUCUAAUACAUUUUUCUUCUCAGUUGAAAUGUAUGUAAGUACUGAAAGCUAUAUAGUAUGAUUUAUGAAGGUAAACUGGCCAAAAUGUACAUUGAGAUGGGCAGCCACCUAUGGUGCCACUAAAACCCUGACCUAGGAGAGUGGCCUGCUUGGACCCCAGCUUUGUUUGUUUCUGCCCUGCACCCUACUGCUCAGUGUGGGACGAUAGGCUGCUCCUAGAACAGUAAUGAUAUCAGAGAAGCAGCAUCAUACUUUUAAAUCAAUACUCUCUACGUACUGAUAUAAUUAGUUUUAAUAAAAGAUGAUAUAACCAUGGUGUUGAUUGAAAAUAUGUUCCUUUGGUGCUUGAAAUUAAAACCAUUUUUAUACUAGCUUAAUAUAAAUUAGGGCUUACUUUUAUCCUGCUACAUAACUUAUUUUGAGAAAUCGCCAAGAAAUAAUUCAAUAUUGUGAAACAGGCCACACAGAAGGCAGGCCAUCACUUAGGCUGCGGUUCCUAAGCUCUGAGUUGUAAGCACCAGUAAAUUUGCAAAAGAAUUUUUAAUUGGGCUGUUUAAGUGUUUCUAGCUUUUAAUUUUGCCAGUGAAGGACAUAAAACAAAAACAGAAAAACCCAAAUUACCAUCUGCCAGUAGCAUCAUUAUAUAAAAGGAAAGACAUUUAGCACCCAAAGAGUAGGAGGAACAGAAUCUCAGAAUAAGGAAUAGUCAUUUAAAUGGAAUAAAUUUAGCUUUCUGAAAAACA